CGCCCCGGGCCGGGCAUGGCGGCAACUGCGGCAGAGACGCGCGUGUUCCUGGAGGUGCGGAGACAGCUGCAGAGCGCGCUGCUGAUCCUGGGAGAAGCAAAAGAAGAAGGCAUGCCCAUGGAUAUUUCCAUAACGCCGUCCUCACUCCAGAUGAAGACUCCUGAAGGCUGCGCAGAGAUCUGGCUUCCAGCAGAGGUCAGGCUUGUACCUUCUUCUUGCCGUGGGCUGCAGUUCGUUGCUGGAGAUGGACUGCACCUGCGGCUGCAGGCGCGGGCAGAAUUCAGCCCACAACUGAUUUCAAUGUUUAAUCAAAGUUUACAAGCCCAAGGAUGUUGCACAUUUUAUUGCCAAUCCUGCGGUGAAGUCAUCAUAAAGGACAGGAAGCUCCUCAGGGUGCUCCCACUGCCGAGUGAGAACUGGGGAGCUCUCGUUGGAGAAUGGUGUUGUCAUCCUGACCCUUUUGCUGAUAAGCCACUUCAUCCACAAGAGAAUGACUGUUUUAUUGGAGACGCUUUCUUCUUGGUGAAUUUAAGAACUGAUUUGUGGCAUCCAAGACCUGAAUUAUCCCCAGCGGAGAUGCGCUGUCUUUCUUCCAAGAACCAUUUUAAACCGGAACCAAAGGCAAAUACCAAAGUAAUUUGUAAGCGUUGCAAGGUAAUGUUGGGAGAGACCGUGUCAUCAGAAACCACUAAGUUUUAUAUGACAGAGAUAAUUAUUCAGCCAUCUGAUAGAAGUUUUCUGAUCAUACCAAGGUCUCAGUUUGUCCAGAGCGUGAUUGCCCAGUGCCUGGUGGAACUCUCCUCUGCUAGAAGCACUUUUAGAUUCACUAUUCAAGAUCAAGAUGGCAGAGUGUACAUCUUGCUAUGGCUUUUAAACUCAGACAGUUUGGUGAUUGAAUCGUUGAGAAGUUCCAAAUGUAUCAAAAAAUUUCCCCUGUUGGAAGACUCAAUGAAAGCAGAUUCCACUUCUGCCUGGAGUGCUGUCAAGGUCCUCUACCAGCCAUGCAUCAAAAGUAAGAAUGAAAAACUUGCCAGCUCAUGGGAAAGCGACAUCAGCGUCCACUCCCUAACCCUGCCCUCUGCAACCUGCCUGGAGCUGCUGCUGAUACUGUCGAGGAAUAAUGCCACGCUGCCUCCGUCCCUUCGCCGUAUGAAUUCCUUUCAGGUGGCCUUUUUGAGGAUGUAACUGUUGGAACCAAGGCAGACAGCUCUCCAGCACGGAGCACACCGAAGGCCAACAGUCAGCUCAGUGGGCCUCGAUUACAAAGACAAGACCCAGAGCUACAGAGUGAGAGCAUGGCAUCGAAGUCUUGAGUUUGCUUGUUUGCGUAUGUUCUCUAAGAGAAGAGUUAACUUUAGAUCUUUGAAAACCCAGGGCUGUGAAGAAAGUCAUUGUAGCAGGUUGUCAGCAGGUUAAGAUAAGUAUAGAAGUUACAUCUCUAUUUCCCACAGAGAGGAAUAUUCAAAUAUGUGCUGUGUCAGCACCACCUGGAAGGAUUAUUAGCUAAAGGAGACCCAUCUGUCCUGUGUGGAAUGCAGUGAGCAACUUCACUGGUGGAACUGAAUGUUAACUGCUGUAAAUCCUAAGAAAUAAACCUUCACAGAGCUUCUCAGGUUCAUUUAAAGCACAUUUUUAAAAAGAAAAAUACUGGAUCUUUUUUAUGCUUUAUUUGGAGGAGAUGCUCAGUAGUUCUUUGUUGAAUGAAUGAUUAUCAGAUUAAAGGUUUUCCCAUUUAUGCAAA